AUGGAAGAUCACCCACAACAGCGUCCAGCAAAACGAUUCAAGCACGAAUCCUACAAGGACACUCUAAAGAGCGUCCACCUACCUUCCGCCCUUGACCAAACAAAAUUCGAUCAAGAGCUCACCGACACUGAUUCGCACUUCCAUGAAGCCCUCCUCCACUGGCAAGAUCUCAACCUCGCCCCCGCCUUCCUCAAAUUCGCUCGCGAUGCCGACCCGCUAUCCGCCUCGAUGCCUCUGCUGCUGCACAACUGGAAGGAGAUACUCGAGCAGUGGUUUGAAGCACUAGCGAAGAGCGAUGACGAAGGGCUGCGGGCCAUCUUAGAUCUUUUCCAAAAGCUCGCACACGACCUGCGAACGACCCUCGCCCCGGAAUACCCUCGCGUUCUCAGACGACUCCUGAAACUACUUCCCCGCUCCCUGUCCGCAGAGGCUCUCACUGCGCUUCUGGCCACUUUCUCUGCUCUCUUCAAAUACGUCCUCGUACCCUCUGUUGAUUCCGAGCUGCUCCAACAAGCGUGGAACGCGUUCUGCGAAGUCCUCCCGCAAUGCCAUCCUGAGGUGCAGCGGGCGACAGCGGAAGUCUGGGGCGCCGUGCUCCGCCGGCUCAAGGUGGCUCUGAGGGAGGACGCCGUGAGGGUUGUUGCGUCGAGCUCUACGGGAGGUCUGGGUGACGUGUGUGCGUGGACGUUCGUGACGGCUUGCAAGUCCGUUUCCCAAACGCUGCACACGGUCACGUCGAGUCUCGUUUGCCCCCUCCUGCAAUUCUACCUGACCUGCGAUGCUGAAGAGGAGGCGUACACCCUUAUCCGGCGGGUGUUCACUGCGCUCAUCCAUCAUUGCAAGAGCGCAGACCAGUUCUCACCCGUUUCCGAAGCGAUCGUCGACCGGUUUGCGGAGGUCGUGAAGUCCGCGGACGAGGAACGAGUCCGCCGCGCCCUCGAAGCGAUCAGCAUCGUGUGCUCCGUUCGCCAGGGCUCCCGGAUGUCCCACAAGCAACUGAGCGCGCUUCUCUCGGAGUACCCCUCCAUCCCCACGUCCGAGGUCCUCCAUUCCGCACUCCUCAAAUUCGCCACUAGCGCGCUCACGGCGGGGGACAUGUCGCUCUGGAUGGCGCACGCGCGCAAGGUCCUCGCGCAUGCUUGGGAGCGACCGUUGCUUGGGAUCGAGCUCACCGGCGCGCUCUCGGAGCUAUCUUGGGGCGGGUGGAAGCUCGUCGCGCUACCCUAUGUCUCUGCGAACACGCACAAGUUGCUGGAGAGCCAUUCUGGGGAGACGCUCGAAUUGCUAGCGGCGCUCCAUCGUGAGAAGAGGCUGGGGGAGAUGGAUGUGGUGUGGAAGCAGAGGCUGUGGACGUGGGUCGAGAGAAGAUUGGAAGGGUGGGAGCGUUCUGAGGAGAAUGCGCGGGUGCUCGCGCACGUCCUCGCGCUCGCCGACCUCCUCCCGUCUCUUCCCAAGCUUCUCGUCAACAUCAUCGACCGCGAGCUCGCAUUGUGGGAAGACUCGGAGCAUGAUCCGCGCGCGGAGUACGAAGCGACAUAUGCCAACUCGGCGUGGGUGAUUGGUGCGUGUGCGCAGUGCAUCGCGGAGCGUCCUGUAAAGGAGUGGGGGAGCCUCGUGGAUCUGCCUCGGUGGGCUGGGAGGGUGGUCGAGAAGUGGGGGUGGUCGGGCACGGCGCUUGAGGGGUUGGCGGAGCUCGUGCGUUCGAGGUAC